UCCCAUUUUUGAAAGUCCUAUCAAAAUAUCAUCCCCUUUUUGCUUGCUUUGAGAAUUCCCAUCGUUAGUUUAUGUUUGAUGCUGCUUGUUUCAGUCCACAGGAUUUUCUAUUUUGUGAUUGCCCGAGGAGUUGCGAGAUGGAGGGUAUUUUAGAUAUUUGAUUAAUGGUCAAACACCGAGUCCUAUCACACAUUGUAGUUUCCAUUGGAUAGACAAAGUAUCUUGUUAUUGCAAAAGUGGUUGCGUUGGCUGUGAAGCCGUGAUGCUUUUCCAGAUGGUGCUUGGGGUUUGAGACAAAGAUGGAUUGGGAAGGACAAAAGGUAGCAGAGCAACUGAUGCAGAUAAUGCUGGUAGUAUUUGCGAUUGGGGCAUUCGUCACUGGGUAUGUUGUUGGUUCAUUUGAACUGAUGCUAUACAUAUAUGCUGGUGGAGUUAUCUUGACCACUUUGAUCACCAUUCCUAAUUGGCCAUUUUUCAACCGCCAUCCUCUUAAAUGGUUGGAUCCCAGUGAGGCUGAAAAACACCCCAAACCACAGGUUACAACUUCUGUUUCAAAGAAGAAACCCAUUAAGAAAUAGCCAGGCCAUCUUAAGUUUCAGAGAUUCUGUUUUUGGUUUUGGAGACCUUUAAUUGUCUUUUAAUGUUUAGGUGGCUUAAUGAAUCAGCUAUAAUAUACAUUUGAGGGAAUUUAGAGAUGUCUGGUGAGAUAUAGAAUUUGUGUAAUUCUACUAUUGGCCAAUUAUUGUUUAGUUCAUUGUAUGUCAAAA